AUGCCGGACUUAUUGCCAUUAAACCCUGCUGAGAUUGUGAAAGCUCUGAAAGAAAACUUGGCCAUAUUGGAAAAGCAGGAUAAAAAACCAGACAAGGCAUCAGAAGAAGUUUCCAAAUCGCUCCAAGCAAUGAAGGAGAUUCUUUGCAGGACCGCUGACAAGGAACCCCAAAUGGAGGUUGUGGCUCAGUUAGCUCAAGAGUUGUACAACAGCGGCCUGCUGGUCUGCCUCAUAGCCAACUUGCAGCUGAUCAACUUUGAGGGCAAAAAGGAUGUCUCCCAAAUAUUCAACAACAUCUUAAGAAGACAGAUUGGAACUCGGAGUCCCACAGUGGAAUAUGUUAGUGCCCAUCCACAUAUCCUGUUCAUGCUGCUCAAAGGGUAUGAAACACCUCAGAUCGCCUUACGUUGUGGAAUUAUGUUGAGAGAAUGCGUUCGGCAUGAGCCUUUGGCCAAAAUCGUCCUCUUCUCAGAUCAGUUCAGAGAUUUUUUCCAAUACGUGGGAAUCAUAGCUUCUGAUGCUUUUGCUACUUUUAAGGACCUGCUCACAAGACACAAAGUGCUGGUAGCAGAAUUAUUAGAACAAAAUUAUGACAUGUUCUUCGAGGAUUAUGAAAAGCUGCUUCAUUCUGAGAAUUACGUGACGAAGAGACAGUCUCUAAAGCUGCUGGGUGAGCUGAUCCUGGACCGGCACAACUUUGCCAUCAUGACCAAGUACAUCAGCAGACCGGAGAACCUGAAGCUGAUGAUGAACCUGCUGCGUGGCAAAAGCCCCAACAUCCAGUUCGAGGCCUUCCACGUCUUCAAGGUCUUUGUGGCCAGCCCAAACAAGUCACCCGCCAUUGUGGACAUCCUGUUGAAAAACCAGCCCAAGCUCAUCGAGUUCCUGAGCAACUUCCAGCCGGAGAGGGCAGACGACGAACAGUUCACGGAUGAGAAGAACUAUCUGAUCAAGCAGAUCCGAGAUCUGAAAAAACCAGCACCCUGAAGGUCUCCCUUUCUAGUCUUCUACCAGAAGCCUUGAUCUCGUUCUGACUAUUUUGGGAUGGGG